AGGAAAGGAGGAACAUCAGAGCUUGUCUUUAGCAUGAAUGCUUUUGGCUUGGUACACAUUGGCCUCAUGCUGUCAUGCACUCCCAUCAUCUCCAGUCUUCAGUGCAACCACCUCCCUUUGCAGCAGAGAAAAGUGAUCAGGAGCAGCCUGCAACUUUUGGAUAAAAUGGGCAAAAACUUUCCUCAACAAUGUCUAAGAGACAAAACAUCCUUCAGAUUUCCUACACGUGUUCUGCAGCCCAGGCAGAAAGAGAAUGUCAGAAUUGCCAUUGAAGAGAUCUUCCAACAUAUUUUCUAUAUCUUCAGCAAAAACCUGACUCUAGCUUCUUGGGAUGGGACAGCUGUGGAUCAGUUCCAGAAUGGACUUUAUGGGCAGAUUGAGCAACUGGAGGCAUGUGUAAUCAAAAAUCACACCCACUACCGUCCGAGCAAAGAAGACAGCAGGCUGAAACUGAAGAAAUACUUCCAAAAAAUAGACUGUUUUCUUAAAGACAAACAACAUGACCUGUGCUCUUGGGAGAUCAGCCGUGUAGAAAUGAGGAGAUGUCUCCAAUUGAUCGAUAAGGUGACAAGGAAGCUUAAAAAGGUGCACAUACUGUCCUCUCCACCACUCACAGAUGCAAGSUAAAGAAGAGAUGGGACACAUGGGUAUCAUGGAUGAAGC